AAACAAAAUCCAAUAAAAAAUAAAAAGAAGAAAUUAUUGCAAUUCUAAACACCAAACUUGAAAAAUAAAAUAUCAUAGAGAGUAUUAAACAAUAAAGGGAUCCACAAAUAACUUGAAAUUUAAAAUCAAUUACCAUCGAUAUAAAAAAAACGUGUCUGCGGUGGGCGCUUAAUUAAAAAUGGCGUCUUGGAUAUAGUUGUAACUUAAAUGUAGAGCAGGCGACAAUACAUGUGCCUCAUGCCUUGGAAAUCUGAGGCUCUCAUCGUUGGCCGCAUAGACAAUGACAGAAGAUUCCGACUCGAUAUCUGAGGAAGAACGCAGUUUGUUCCGUCCCUUCACCCGCGAUUCAUUGGUGCAAAUAGAAAAACGUAUUGAAAUCGAACAUGAAAAACAAAAGGAGUUUGAAAGAAAGAGAGCCGAAGGAGAACCGCCGCAAUAUGGUCGCAAGAAAAAACAAAAAGAAAUCCGAUAUGAUGACGAGGACGAGGAUGAAGGUCCACAACCGGAUCCUACGCUUGAACAGGGCGUGCCCAUACCUGUUCGUUUACAGGGCAGUUUCCCCCCAGAAUUGGCCUCCACUCCUCUCGAGGAUAUCGAUCCCUAUUACAACAAUGUACUGACAUUUGUAGUCGUUAGCAAGGGAAAGGAUAUUUUUCGCUUUUCCGCGUCAAAAGCAAUGUGGCUGCUCGAUCCAUUCAACCCGAUACGUCGUGUAGCCAUUUAUAUUUUAGUGCAUCCGUUAUUUUCGUUAUUCAUCAUAACGACCAUUCUCGUUAAUUGUAUUCUAAUGAUAAUGCCGACAACGCCCACAGUCGAAUCCACUGAGGUGAUAUUCACCGGAAUCUACACAUUUGAAUCAGCUGUUAAAGUGAUGGCACGAGGUUUCAUUUUAAGCCCGUUUACGUAUCUUAGAGAUGCAUGGAAUUGGCUGGACUUCGUAGUAAUAGCUUUAGCUUAUGUGACCAUGGGUAUAGAUUUAGGUAAUCUCGCAGCACUGAGAACAUUUAGGGUAUUGCGAGCUCUUAAAACCGUAGCCAUUGUUCCAGGUUUGAAGACGAUUGUCGGUGCUGUAAUAGAGUCGGUGAAAAAUUUACGCGAUGUGAUAAUCUUGACCAUGUUCUCGUUAUCAGUGUUCGCAUUAAUGGGAUUGCAGAUCUAUAUGGGUGUUUUGACGCAAAAAUGCAUUAAAAAAUUCCCAUUAGAUGGCAGUUGGGGUAAUCUCACCGACGAAAAUUGGGAUUUUCAUAAUAAAAAUAAAUCGAAUUGGUAUUCAGAAGAUGGCGGAUUAACAUUUCCACUUUGCGGCAAUAUCUCGGGAGCUGGGCAAUGCGAUGACGAUUAUGUGUGCCUUCAGGGUUUCGGGCCGAAUCCUAAUUACGGCUAUACCAGUUUUGAUUCAUUUGGUUGGGCUUUCUUGUCAGCCUUUCGUCUAAUGACGCAGGACUUUUGGGAGGAUUUGUAUCAAUUGGUGUUACGAGCAGCUGGCCCAUGGCAUAUGCUGUUCUUUAUAGUCAUCAUCUUCCUAGGUUCAUUCUAUCUUGUGAAUUUGAUUUUGGCCAUUGUUGCCAUGUCAUAUGACGAAUUGCAAAAGAAGGCCGAAGAAGAGGAGGCUGCCGAAGAGGAAGCGAUACGAGAGGCAGAAGAAGCGGCUGCAGCGAAAGCAGCCAAACUGGAGGAGCGUGCUAACGCUGCCGCCCAAGCAGCGCAAGACGAAGCUGAUGCCGCUGAAGCCGCUUUGCAUCCAGAGAUGGCUAAGAGUCCCACCUAUUCGUGUAUUAGCUAUGAACUUUUUGUAGGCGGCGAGAAGGGUAACGAUGACAACAAUAAGGAGAAGAUGUCCAUACGCAGCGUCGAAGUGGAGUCGGAGUCGGUGAGCGUUAUACAAAGACAACCAGCACCUACCACAGCACCCGCUACUAAAGUUCGUAAAGUAAGCACGACUUCCUUAUCCUUACCUGGUUCACCGUUUAAUAUACGCAGGGGAUCACGUAGUUCUCAUAAGUACACCAUACGAAAUGGGCGGGGACGUUUCGGUAUACCAGGCAGCGAUCGUAAACCGUUGGUAUUGUCAACAUAUCAGGAUGCACAACAGCAUUUGCCAUAUGCCGAUGAUUCAAAUGCCGUUACACCCAUGUCCGAAGAAAACGGCGCGAUUAUAGUGCCAGUUUACUAUUGUAAUUUAGGUUCUAGACACUCAUCAUAUACCUCGCAUCAAUCGAGAAUCUCGUACACAUCACAUGGUGACUUAUUAGGUGGCAUGGCAGCGAUGGGAGGGAACGCAAUGACAAAAGAGAGCAAAUUGCGGAAUCGCAACACGCGCAACCAAUCGAUCGGAGCUACAAACAGCAUCGGCUAUACGGACACUAAUCACAAAGAACAUCCACAGCGUGAUUAUGACUUGGGGCAAGAAUAUACCGAUGAAGCUGGCAAGAUAAAACAUCACGACAACCCCUUUAUUGAGCCCGUCCAAACACAAACGGUAGUUGACAUGAAAGAUGUUAUGGUUUUAAAUGAUAUAAUCGAACAAGCCGCUGGUCGGCAUAGUCGUGCUAGUGAUCGAGGUGUCUCCGUUUACUAUUUUCCCACAGAAGACGAUGACGAAGAUGGUCCUACAUUUAAGGAUAAGGCUCUAGAGUGUCUGCUGAAAGGCAUUGAUAUAUUUUGCGUGUGGGACUGUUGUUGGGUAUGGUUAAAAUUUCAAGAAUGGGUAUCACUCAUUGUGUUCGAUCCCUUUGUGGAAUUAUUCAUAACGCUAUGCAUUGUGGUGAAUACAAUGUUCAUGGCGAUGGAUCAUCACGAUAUGAAUAAGGAAAUGGAUAGAGUGCUAAAGAGCGGUAAUUAUUUUUUUACGGCAACAUUUGCUAUUGAAGCCACAAUGAAAUUAAUGGCAAUGAGUCCAAAGUAUUAUUUUCAAGAAGGUUGGAACAUAUUCGAUUUCAUUAUUGUCGCCUUAUCUCUCCUUGAGUUGGGUCUGGAAGGUGUUCAAGGCCUCUCCGUUUUAAGAAGUUUUCGUUUGCUUCGAGUAUUCAAAUUGGCAAAAUCGUGGCCUACUUUGAAUUUGCUCAUAUCGAUUAUGGGCCGUACCAUGGGUGCUUUGGGUAAUCUGACAUUUGUACUUUGCAUUAUCAUCUUCAUAUUUGCUGUUAUGGGAAUGCAACUGUUCGGAAAGAAUUAUCACGAUAAAAAGGAUACAUUCCCGGACGGUCAAUUGCCGCGAUGGAAUUUCACCGACUUCAUGCACUCCUUUAUGAUAGUGUUCCGUGUGCUGUGCGGUGAAUGGAUUGAAUCGAUGUGGGACUGUAUGUAUGUGGGAGAUGUUUCUUGCAUACCGUUCUUUUUGGCCACUGUUGUCAUCGGCAAUCUUGUGGUUCUUAAUCUUUUCUUAGCCUUACUCUUGUCAAACUUUGGCUCAUCUAGUUUAUCAGCACCGACUGCCGACAACGAUACCAAUAAGAUAGCCGAGGCCUUUAAUCGAAUAUCCCGCUUUAAGAACUGGGUUAAACGUAAUAUUGCCGAUUGUUUCAAAUUAAUACGUAACAAAUUGACAAAUCAAAUAAGUGACCAACCAUCAGGUGAGAGGAUCAACCAGAUCAGUUGGAUUUGGAGCGAAGAGCACGGAGACAAUGAACUGGAAUUAGGACACGAUGAAAUUCUGGUCGAUGGACUUAUCAAAAAGGGCCUAAAGGAACAAAAUCAAUUGGAGGUGGCCAUUGGAGAUGGCAUGGAGUUCACUAUACAUGGCGAUUUAAAGAACAAUAAACCGAAGAAAUCAAAAUUCUUGAAUAACACAACGAUGAUGGGAAACUCAAUAAACCACCAAGACAAUAGACUGGAACAUGAGCUAAACCAUAGAGGUUUGUCCAUACAGGACGACGACACUGCCAGCAUUAACUCAUAUGGUAGCCAUAAGAAUAGACCAUUCAAGGAUGAAAGUCACAAGGGCAGCGCCGAGACUAUGGAGGGUGAAGAGAAACGUGACGCCAGCAAAGAGGAUCUCGGGCUUGACGAAGAACUAGACGAAGACGGGGAAUUGGCGGAAGGCGAGCUAGGAGGUGACAUUAUCAUACAUGCCCAUGAUGAGGAUGUAAUCGACGAAUAUCCGGCCGAUUGUUGUCCCGAAUCAUAUUACAAGAAGUUUCCAAUAUUAGCCGGCGACGAAGACUCUCCUUUUUGGCAAGGAUGGGGCAAUUUACGACUGAAAACUUUUCAAUUAAUUGAAAAUAAAUAUUUUGAAACCGCUGUUAUCACUAUGAUUUUAAUGAGUAGCUUAGCUUUGGCCUUAGAGGACGUCCAUUUGCCUGAUCGGCCCAUACUUCAAGACAUUUUAUAUUAUAUGGAUCGAAUAUUUACGGUAAUAUUCUUUUUGGAGAUGUUAAUCAAAUGGCUAGCCUUGGGAUUCAAGGUUUACUUCACCAAUGCCUGGUGCUGGCUGGAUUUCGUUAUUGUCAUGCUUUCGCUUAUUAAUUUGGUCGCAGUUUGGUCUGGCUUGAAUGAUAUACCUGUCUUUAGAUCCAUGCGUACUCUUCGCGCCUUAAGGCCUUUACGGGCCGUCUCUAGAUGGGAGGGUAUGAAAGUCGUCGUAAAUGCGCUGGUUCAAGCUAUACCGUCCAUCUUCAAUGUGCUAUUGGUGUGUCUGAUAUUUUGGCUUAUUUUUGCCAUUAUGGGUGUUCAGCUUUUUGCUGGAAAAUAUUUUAAGUGCGUAGAUGACAAUGGUACGACAUUAAGUCACGAGAUAAUACCGAAUAAAAAUGCAUGCGACAGCGAGAAUUUAACGUGGGAGAAUUCGGCAAUGAAUUUCGAUCAUGUAGGUAAUGCGUAUUUAUGCUUAUUCCAAGUGGCAACCUUCAAGGGCUGGAUACAAAUCAUGAACGAUGCCAUAGACUCAAGAGAGGUGGAUAAGCAGCCAAUACGUGAGACGAAUAUCUACAUGUAUUUAUAUUUCGUAUUCUUCAUUAUAUUUGGAUCAUUUUUCACACUGAAUCUGUUCAUUGGUGUUAUCAUUGAUAAUUUUAAUGAACAAAAGAAAAAAGCAGGUGGAUCAUUAGAAAUGUUCAUGACAGAAGAUCAGAAAAAGUACUAUAAUGCUAUGAAAAAGAUGGGCUCUAAAAAACCAUUAAAAGCCAUUCCUAGACCGAGGUGGCGUCCACAAGCAAUAGUAUUUGAAAUAGUUACUGAUAAAAAAUUCGAUAUAAUCAUUAUGUUGUUUAUUGGUUUAAACAUGUUUACAAUGACACUCGAUCGUUACGACGCUUCAGACACAUAUAAUGCUGUCCUUGAUUAUCUCAAUGCGAUAUUCGUAGUUAUUUUCAGUUCCGAAUGUCUAUUAAAAAUAUUCGCUUUACGAUAUCACUAUUUCAAAGAGCCAUGGAAUUUAUUUGAUGUAGUAGUUGUCAUUUUAUCCAUCUUAGGUCUGGUUCUCAGUGACAUUAUUGAAAAAUAUUUUGUGUCGCCGACAUUGCUUCGUGUGGUGAGAGUGGCGAAAGUUGGCCGAGUUCUUCGUUUAGUUAAAGGCGCCAAAGGUAUACGUACGCUGCUGUUCGCAUUGGCCAUGUCGCUGCCCGCCUUAUUCAACAUCUGCCUGUUGCUGUUCUUAGUUAUGUUCAUCUUUGCCAUCUUUGGCAUGUCCUUCUUUAUGCAUGUUAAAGAGAAGAGUGGCAUUAAUGAUGUCUAUAAUUUUAAAACGUUUGGCCAAAGUAUGAUUCUGCUUUUCCAGAUGUCUACUUCAGCCGGUUGGGAUGGCGUUUUAGAUGCCAUUAUCAAUGAGGAAAAUUGCGAUCCACCCGACAACGACAAAGGCUAUCCGGGCAAUUGUGGUUCAGCGACAGUUGGAAUUACGUUUCUCCUUUCAUAUCUAGUUAUAAGCUUUUUGAUAGUUAUUAAUAUGUACAUUGCUGUCAUUCUCGAGAACUAUAGCCAGGCUACUGAAGAUGUCCAGGAAGGUUUGACCGACGACGACUACGACAUGUACUAUGAGAUCUGGCAACAAUUCGAUCCUGAAGGUACUCAGUACAUACCAUACGAUAAGCUAUCCGAAUUUCUCGAUGUACUGGAGCCGCCGUUGCAAAUACACAAACCAAAUAAGUACAAAAUUAUAUCAAUGGAUAUACCGAUAUGUCGGGGAGAUAUGAUGUAUUGUGUGGACAUUCUGGAUGCGCUUACUAAAGACUUUUUCGCUCGAAAGGGUAAUCCGAUCGAGGAGACAGGCGAGAUUGGAGAAAUCGCUGCCAGACCGGAUACAGAAGGUUACGAACCGGUUUCAUCUACAUUGUGGCGCCAGCGUGAAGAAUAUUGUACACGAGUGAUACAGCGUGCUUGGCACAAAUACAAAUACGGCGAACCCGAGGAAAAGGCAACGGAAGAAGCAGUAAUAGAAGAGAAUGGCGAUCCUCCUAAUGGUGAUGGCAAUGGCGGCGUCGUCAGCGGCAGUGUUAACGGAGAAGUCGUCGGCGAUCCAAGUAGUACUUCAGCGACCGGUGGUCCGCUAAGUCCAGGCUGCGUAAGCGCGGGUAGUAAUGGUCGUCAGACAGCAGUUUUAGUCGAAAGCGAUGGUUUUGUUAUAAAAAACGGUCAUAAGGUUGUAAUACACUCAAGGUCGCCGAGUAUAACAUCCAGAACGGCAGAUGUCUGAGCCAGGCCUCGCCCCCCCCUCCAAGAUGCACGAGAGAACUAAUAUAAAGCGUUCAUUUUCUGCCCUACAACAAUGUGUACACACAGUAAUAACAGCACCAUCAACAACAACAACAACAACAACAACAACAACAACAACAAGAACAACUACGACAACAAAACAACAGCAACAAGAACAGAAACAUCGUACAAAUAAAAAAGAGAAACAAAUAUGCGUAAAAAAAGUCUUUCCGUUAAACACGAAAGGAACACAACACCUAUUCAAUUUGCUGAACGAAGCACGAACAAGCAGAUUGAGCAGAUGUCCAACAGUUGGUUAUGUGUUUAACAUGGUUUUUUUUGUUGUUCUUCUUUUUUAAUUACAAAACAACAACAACAUUUGUGAACCUAAAUUUAUAUUUUAUUUUUAAUAUUUUCCCUUUACAUUUUCUUGAACGUCUUGUAAAUAGUAAAAAAUAUUCAAUUAGACUACUUAAUUCAAAGUGGAUUCUGUAUAUCUUCGAAAUUAAUAAUUUUUCUCAUAAACAAACAUAAACAACUACAACAAA